AUGCUGGCAACCCAGCCUCUUCAUCAGCUAGUCCAGGAUUCGAAGGCCUCGAGGGCUUUCAAUGGGAAUCUGCUGCCCUCUAACAACAAUGCGUCCGUUCUCGACUUGGAAAACCUUCGAUCGAUUACGGUAGUGGAAGAUGACUCGAAGCAAUCUGUUCCCGUGGCUGUUGGUAUCUUCCAUUCCUACACUCCCAACCAGUAUUAUUGUUCGGCUGUUGCCACUUCCGACAAAUACAAUGACGUCUUUGUGAAUUUGGCACCAAUAAAGAGAAAGGCAGGAGAAAUUGGAGUUUCUGAAGAUGUCGCUGACAACCAUUACGUCUACAAGGUGGCUGAGAAAAAGACAGAACUAAAGGAUCUAUCAGGCUUCUCCCCGUACUACUCAGUUUUCGGUAAGCCCGAGGCCACUCCGCUCUUACAAAGCGUCAUCGAUGAACUUAUUGACAACGCUGGGCACAAAAACUUUGACAUGAAAAAGAAUAUUACGGUAGAUCUAUACGUUGGUGAAAAGUCGUAAGUGUAUAUUUUGUAAUUUAUGUCCCAUGCGGCUUCGUGGAAUUUAUUUUUUUCUUUAGGAACGAUGAAUCAAUUGAUUUAUGGAGAGAUAAAAGUGGUUUCGUUGUUUCAGACAAGUACAGGUUCUUGGAAUACGAAGUUGAAAGGUGAGGAGACACAAUUCUGUCUGUAGAAUGAACUUUUUCUUUAGGCCCAAACUGCUCUCACUUCUCGAGUCAUCAGCGAAGCCGUCAGAAUAUAAAUUCGAAUCCCUUUCCGCCAAGACGGCGGUCCUUUUCUUGGAUUACGAUUCCAAUAUCACGGUGAUCGACCGUCAAGAGUAUCUGGAAUUUCUUUUCGGCCUUCAAGGUGUAAGUAAUCUCCGAAUAAUCUGCCGCGAAACAAAAAUGGGCUAUCUUGACAUGCAAUUCCUUAAUUCUGUUUCCUUUAUCUGAUUUGAAUCUUCUUUAGGUAAGAGGAACCGUCGCUAUCGACGCUGAAAAUCAACCGGUCGGUUACGUGUUGACCCUCGGCGAAAGAGUGCUUCAGUUGUAUGCUGACACCGAAGAGAUCGCAGAGUAAGUGACAUAUUUUAUGAAGAUUCAUUAUAUAUUUGGGAUGACUUCAAAAAUGCACGGACUUUUGAACGAUGACAUAAGACCUUUUUGUUUGCUUACAGUCGCCACCCUUAUCGGCCGUGAAGAUCGUAUUAUGAACAGAGGAUGGGGCUGAUAGCAAAACGGGUUCACCAAUUGAUUACGUAACAUUACAGUAAUACUUCUUUUCAGGUCAAUCCUUCUUCACCAUCUCCGAAGUGAAACCGUUCCCAUUCUGCAAUUUUUUGUCAUCUCCAAUAACGAAUUGUUCAAGAAGAUCUCAGCGAUCGCCUCAAAUGAGAAGCGGGUCAAUCGCUACCAUACCAGAAUCCUCCCUUCAAAUGUAAAAUGGGGCAAUGUCUUCUUCUUGAACAUGGGAGCUCAUCUCUAUUAA